AUGGGAUAAGAAUGUUCAACAUGUAAUUAUAGAGAUGGCAUUGGAAUUUAAAUAUGGUAAGAUGGAGCUAGAUAUGAAGGAUAAUGGAAAGAAAAUAAAGCUAAUGGAAAAGGUAAAUUUUUACACGUUGAUGGGGAUAUUUUCGAAGGAGAAUGGGAAAAUAAUAAGGCUAAUGGUAAAGGAACAUAUUUACAUGCUAAUGGGGCUAAAUAUGACGGAUAUUGGAAAAAUGAUUUAUAAGAAGGAUAUGGAAUAGAAACUUGGGCAGAUGGUUCUAGAUAUGAAGGAUAUUAUAAAUAAGCUAAAAAAGAUGGUAUUGGGGUUUAUAUAUGGUCUGAUGGAUCAAAAUAUGAAGGUGAUUGGUUUGAAAAUAGAAUUACUGGAAAAGGAAUAUACACAUGGUUAGAUAAACGUAGAUAUGAAGGUGAAUGGUUAAAUAAUAAUAUGCAUGGUAAAGGUAUUUAUACAUGGUAGGAUGGAAGAAGAUAUGAAGGUGAAUAUUAAUAUGAUAAAAAACAUGGAUUCGGUACAUAUUAUUGGGUUGAUGGUAGAUAAUAUAAAGGAUUUUGGUAAUAUGGAAAAUAACAUGGAAAAGGAAAAUAUACAUUGCCAAAUGGAGAAAGCAAAAUUGGAAUUUGGGAAGAUGGAAAAAAAAAAUAUGGCUUGAAGGAGAAACUGAAUUAAAUUUAUAAUAAUUUGUUCGUAGAAUUAUCGGAUAUAAAGAAAUAGUUUGGGACAUUUAUUUUACUUAAUGCCCCUAUGUUAUUAUAAUAUAUUUAUAUCAUUCCUUAAAUGUAUUAUUCAGCAUAAAUAGGAUUUUUAAUAAUACUUCAUGUUUUGACAAAUAUUUUCUUUUUUAUUUUAAGUUUAACGGACCCAGGAAUAAUGCCAAAAAUUGCUGUAUAUAUAGACCUACAAGGACUUCACAUUGUUACUCAUGUAAUAAUUGUGUUGAAAGAUUUGAUCAUCAUUGUCCAUGGUUAGGAUAGUGUGUUGGGAAAAGAAAUUAUAGAUUCUUUUAUUUUUUUUUAUUGUUUUUAUCAUUUCUUUUAGUUGUAAUUAUAUGUACAAAUAUAGAUUUGUUAGCAAGAGAUAAUGUUGAACAUUUAGCUGUUUGUAUAAUAAUAUUAGUGAUAUC